AUGCCACCCAUGGACGCGUCGACCCCCGUAUGUCCAAUGAUCGCCCCCAAUGCACCACUCUCUCAUAUCGCCCCCUGCACUAAAUUGCGGUCACUGCAGUCUAUCUAUCCAUCCUCUCGCUACCGUUCUUCUGCUCCUGCCCUCCACACCCGGCCGCACAUCUCGCCUGCAUUGUGUUUCACUACACAGCCUUUGCAGGCUUCCUUGGUCCCUCAUGAUGCCUGCACACGUCUGCUCGCACUUCCCGUUACUAUCACCUCCACAGUCUGUCCGAUCGGCACGCUCCCUGUCCCCCUAUCUGUACAUCACGCGUCUGGUUCGGUCGACCUGUAUUGCCGUAAUGUUCUGGCAUGGCUUUUUCUCACUAGUUUGAUGGGGAACGAGAAUCUAAGCAUCCAGCUGACUUUAGCAAGCAACCAGACGAUGGUGCUCAUGAUGACGAUGACGACAAUGAUGAAGGGCCGAGGCCCUCAGGUUCUGGAGGCGCUUCUUCAGCCAGACGGCCCAGUGGAUCUUCCGGAGGAACUAUGGGAGGCAAUGCGGGUAUGA